AUGGACAACAAAACCUUUGUCUCAGACUCCCUUAUCCGUCUGACUGGCGCGUCGGACCCGACCGUCAUCGAUUUUGUCCUCGCGACCGCCAGCUCAUCGAAAUCACCCUCCUCCCUCCAAGACACACUUGUAUCAUUCCUCGACAGCCCGGAAACUAGCUCAUCUGAUAUCGGUGCGUUCGCUCGAGAGCUCCAUGGCCGCCUGGGCAAGGGCGCACAGCCCAGCGCGUCGUCCUCCAAGCCCGCAGCUUCCAAGGAAUCCUCGAAAAAGAAGUACCGUAUGUUGGAUAUGGCCGAAGAUCAGCCAGAUACGGCCGCUUCUCUAGGACCUACGAAUGUCGAGGCAGAUCGGGAGCGACGGAGGAGACGGGACCGAGAUAGGGACAAUGACCACGAAAGGAGCAGGGGGAAGCGAGACUCUGAACGGAGUCGCGCAGACAAGGACGACAGCCGGAAGCGAGACCGUAGUCGAGACGCAGAGAGUCGUGAUCGGCCGCGCACGAAGAAGUUGCGUAAGAAGGAGGAUGACUUUGAGGACCGAUGGGGUGACGAGGAAAUCCCGGAAGAUGAGACGUACCCCGAAGAAGAAUUUGAAGAAUCUGCUCCGAAGCGUACACGACUCGACGAUGGCUCUGCUUCCCCUCGCCCUACUUCUCCCACCGAAGAUGUCGACCCCCGGACUCAAGAGGAAAUCGAUCGCCAGAAAGACCUUCGUGAACGAGACGAAUUCGCGAAGCGAUUGGCCAACAAAGAUGACAGCAAAUCAAAGAAGAUUGUUGAAGACCGAACGCGCGAUGGCGAGGCUGCACGUCGACGUGCGCUGGGCGACGAUGCUAAGGCGCGGGCUGAGAUGAUGCCAGAUCUGCGCGAGAGAUCUCGACAGGAGUACUUGAAGAAGCGUGAGACCGAGCGAUUGGCGCUACUACGACGACAGGUCGUAGAGGAAGCCGCAGAGCUGCGUGAGAACCCCAAUCUCUCUCGAAAGGAGAAGGAGGAGUUUGCGCGCAACCGCGAGGUUCUUCGUAUUGCCGAGGAACGGCUCCGGAUCGAUGACCAUCGCGAUGGAUACAUGAUGCCCGACGAUUACAUCACCGAGAAGGGCAAGAUUGAUCGAAAGAAGAAGGAGGACGCUCUUUACAAGCGGUACGUUGAGCGCGAUGAACUGGGUCAGGAGCGGCAUGUCACCGAGCACGAGGAAUGGGAGUUGGAGCAGUCGGCCAAAGCCAAAGCACAGAUCAAGAAGGCUGAAUUUGUUGAUGAGGGAGACUAUGAAUAUGUCUUCGACGAUUCGCAGCAGAUCAGCUUUGUUAUGGAUGCGAAGCUUGAGGGCACGCAGAAGCCAAUGACAAAGGAACAGCUGCGGUUCAAGGAGCAGGUGGAUGAAGCAGAGAAAAAGGCACUGUCGAUGGAGGAAACCCGCAAGAGUCUGCCAAUCUAUCAGUUUCGCGAUCAGAUCAUCCAGGCUGUGCAGGACCACCAGGUUCUGAUUAUUGUUGGUGAAACGGGCUCUGGAAAGACAACUCAGAUCCCACAGUAUCUCCACGAGGCUGGAUAUACGAAGGAUGGCUUGAAGAUUGGCUGUACACAACCCCGUCGAGUGGCUGCCAUGAGUGUUGCAGCUCGCGUGGCCGAGGAAAUGGGCACGAAGAUCGGAAACGAGGUCGGAUAUGCUAUUCGAUUCGAGGAUAACACGAGUGACAAGACAAUUUUGAAGUAUAUGACUGAUGGAAUGUUACUGCGAGAACUGUUGACUGAGCCGGAUUUGAGCCAAUACUCCGCCCUGAUGAUUGACGAGGCUCACGAACGGACUGUACCUACAGAUAUUGCUUGUGGUCUGCUCAAGGAUAUCGCCAAGGCACGACCAGAUCUGAAGCUGCUGAUUUCCUCGGCGACGAUGGACGCCCAGAAGUUCCAAAAGUAUUUUGAUGAUGCGCCUAUUUUCAACAUUCCCGGUCGUCGAUAUCCAGUCGACGUGCACUACACUUCGCAGCCAGAAGCCAAUUACCUCGCCGCGGCUAUCACUACAGUGUUCCAAAUCCACGUUACUCAAGGCCCAGGAGACAUUCUUGUGUUCCUGACGGGUCAAGAGGAAAUCGAGGCAGCUGAACAAAGUUUACAAGAAACCGCUCGAAAACUGGGGAGCAAAAUACCGGAAAUGAUUAUUGCUCCUAUCUAUGCCAACCUGCCAUCAGAGCUACAGACUAAAAUUUUCGAGCCUACUCCACCCAAGGCGCGGAAAGUGGUACUUGCCACCAACAUCGCCGAGACCAGUUUAACUAUCGAUGGUAUUGUCUAUGUGAUUGAUCCUGGCUUCGUUAAGGAGAACGUUUUCAACCCACGCACGGGCAUGGAGAGCUUGGUGGUCACACCAUGUUCGCGGGCCUCAGCCAACCAGCGUGCUGGUCGCGCAGGACGUGUUGGACCAGGCAAAUGCUUCCGUCUCUACACCAAAUGGGCGUACUAUAACGAACUGGAGGAGAACACCACCCCAGAGAUCCAACGUACCAAUUUGAACGGAGUGAUUCUCAUGCUCAAGUCACUUGGUAUUGACCAACUGCUCGAUUUCGAUUUCAUGGACCCGCCACCUGCCGAGACGAUCAUUCGAGCACUGGAGAUGCUGUAUGCACUUGGAGCACUCAACGACCGAGGCGACCUGACCAAGGUUGGUCGCCAAAUGGCCGAGUUCCCCACAGAUCCAAUGCUCGCCAAGGCAAUUCUUGCAUCCGACAAGUACGGGUGCGUCGAAGAGGUCCUCUCGAUUAUUGCAAUGUUGGGCGAGUCCAGCGCGCUGUUCUUCCGACCCAAGGACAAGAAGAUCCACGCCGACAGCGCACGCAACCGCUUCACCAUUAAGGAGGGCGGUGACCACCUCACCCUUCUGAACAUUUGGAACCAAUGGGUCGACUCAGACUUCAGUUUCAUCUGGGCCAAAGAAAACUUCCUCCAGCAGCGUAGUCUGACACGAGCACGCGACGUACGCGAUCAAUUAGCGAAACUUUGUGACCGUGUCGAAGUGACUGUCAGCACCUGCGGCUCUACCAACAUCCAACCCAUUCAAAAGGCUAUCACAGCUGGCUUCUUCCCCAACGCAGCACGACUCCAGCGCGGUGGUGAUAGCUAUAGGACUAUCAAGAACGGACAGUCAGUGUACUUGCAUCCAUCUAGUACGCUGAUGGAGGUGAACCCACGCUGGGUGAUCUACUUUGAGCUGGUACUUACCAGUAAAGAGUACAUGCGCAGUAAUAUGCCGUUACAGGCAGAGUGGCUGGUUGAGGUUGCACCGCAUUAUUAUAAGAAGAAGGAUUUGGAGAGUUUGGGAUUGGAGAAGAAGAUGGGCAAGGGACAAGGAGCUGUUGGAGAGAAGAGUCGAGAGUAA